AGGAGGUAGAGCGAACCGCGCUUCCCACUUCAUUCAUACGACCCGCGACCCCGCGCCAGCAACGCCGGGCGAACCAGGCGGACCAAACGCCAACACACCACAAACUCCCACACCAAAUCUAAGCCAUGAUCAGGCUGUCACUGACCGACCUCACAACGAGUAGGUACCUCGUGCAUGCACCAAUGUAAAACGGAACCUGCGCAAGGCCCUGUUCAAAUCACAUUCCCACUUCCCUCCAUCUACAUCUACAUACACCCAGAACUCCCUCCCAGCUCGCGACCCACGCCGUCAAGAAAAGAAAGCCUACAACCGAUGCCUCGAGAUGAAGAGACAAGCCGAGAAUCGGUGUCACCAAAAGACCACACCUUUACCUCACUGCAUUCCAAGUCCAACCGCAAGCCACACCCAGGCGCUUCGACACUGACGAGUCCUAACGAGGUAGCUUGCAGCAGGCAGACAAGAGAGAAAGCCUACAGCCUGCAGAGCCGCCCGCCCCCAAUGAUGACGGCGGCGCCUCGACGGGCCGCCUUACGUAGUAGGUACACUUUACAAAAAGAGACGGGAAACGCUGUCGCUAGCCUCACUUUGGCCGGGCGGAAACGGGCGGGAAGACGCAGUGUGCUGAUCCUCCCUCAGCUUGCAUGUGGGCAUACAUCUCUUGUGAAAAUCCAGUAGGGAUUGUGCUUCUGCGAGAAUCGCGCCCUCGAAUAAGCUUCCCGGCGUGGAAAACGCCUCGAGUACUCCGUAUUGGGGGUUGAAAUGCCCGCUGCUUUACGCCGUCAACUAGGUGCCCAUCGGGAGCGGCUGAC